ACAGCAAAACAAUGUCCAAGACUCAGAAUCGUAAAAAAUCGAAGCAGCCCCGUCGUGGCCCCGUCUCCAGCACUGGCAGCGAAACGGAGCGCAGUCUGGAGGAUAUGAUUAGUGUCACGAGACUGAGGAUCGGCGACACGGACGCCGGCGCCGACGAUGCGGAACUCCCAAUCCGCAAGAUGAAACCCAAAUCCAAGGCGCCACAGAAGUCGCUCGGUGCCCGUUCGGUGGAGGCACCCGACCAGCCGCCGUUCGUGGCCCUGGUCGCCAAUCUGCCGAUGGAGACCAGCGUGCGGGAGCUGCUCGUGCUGUUUGUCCAGCACUCGAUUCGCUCCAUCAGCCUGUUGCGGCUGGGCAAGGGCGGGAGCCAGCAGAGAAAGGCGCAUGUGGAGCUGGCGACGCGCGACGACCUGAUGGAGCUGCUCAAGAAGGACCAACUGCUGUGCCGCGGUCGCCGCCUGAGCAUCAGUGUGUGCCAGGAUCCGGGUGCUGCUGGCGAUGAGCGCUGCAAUCGCCAUGUGGUCAGUGGCCUAGACGGCACCUGGAGCCUCCAUUCGGGCAGCGACGCCGACGAGAGCUCCUCGGAGUAUGCGGCCAGUGUCCGGAGCGUUCAGGAGCGCGAGGCCUCCUCGGAGGCGUCUGUGCACAUCAGCCGCACGCCGAGCAGCACCGAGGAGCUGGAGCGCCGCAUGGAGGUCCGCCUCCAAAAGUUGGCGGAGUUCGAGAAUGCCCAGACGGAGCAGGCCCAGAGCUCGCAGGGGGAUGACGACGAGAUUCCUCCACAAAUGUCCUGGCCCAAGUUCUGGUCGGAUGUGCAGAAGAGCGAGGAGUUGUAAACAAGAAACAUUUCUCACACACACACACACACGCACACACACGCACACAUACACACACACCAAGGGCAGGUGGCAUACAAAAAUGGCACUUACGGGCAAUCAAAGAUUGAUUUCCGAUCGUAUAUUCACAAUUAAACAAGACAUUUGGCAUGGCA